GGCGCCAGAGGACGCUGUUAUCCGUGGGCUUCCGGGCACAAGCCGUUCGGGUGCAGCCGCGGCCGCCGCCCGCCGGACUUGGGGGAGCCGGCGCUGUGUCUGAAGGUGCUCCCAGCUCAGCCGCAGCCAUGGGGAUCCUGGAGAAGAUAUCCGAGAUCGAGAAGGAGAUCGCUCGGACGCAGAAGAACAAGGCCACCGAGUAUCACCUGGGCUUGCUGAAAGCAAAGCUUGCCAAGUAUCGGGCGCAGCUCCUGGAACCAUCCAAAUCGGCCUCCUCCAAAGGGGAGGGCUUCGAUGUCAUGAAGUCGGGCGACGCCCGCGUGGCGCUGAUUGGAUUCCCCUCUGUGGGUAAGUCCACCUUCUUGAGUCUAAUGACCUCCACAGCCAGUGAAGCUGCAUCCUAUGAAUUCACAACCCUGACGUGUAUCCCUGGGGUCAUUGAAUACAAAGGAGCCAACAUCCAGCUCCUGGACCUUCCUGGAAUCAUCGAAGGCGCAGCACAAGGGAAAGGCCGUGGCCGGCAGGUGAUUGCCGUGGCACGCACAGCGGACGUCGUCAUCAUGAUGCUGGACGCCACCAAGGGAGAGGUGCAGAGGUCUCUUCUGGAGAAGGAGCUGGAGUCAGUGGGCAUCCGCCUCAACAAGCACAAGCCUAACAUCUACUUCAAGCCAAAGAAGGGCGGUGGCAUCUCCUUUAAUUCGACGGUGACACUGACCCAGUGCUCAGAAAAGCUGGUGCAACUGAUCCUGCACGAGUACAAGAUCUUCAACGCGGAAGUGCUCUUCCGAGAGGACUGCUCCCCGGACGAGUUCAUCGACGUGAUCGUGGGCAACCGAGUGUACAUGCCCUGCUUGUAUGUUUAUAACAAAAUUGACCAGAUCUCCAUGGAGGAAGUGGAUCGCCUGGCCCGGAAGCCCAACAGCGUGGUCAUCAGCUGUGGCAUGAAGCUGAACCUGGACUACUUGCUUGAAAUGCUUUGGGAGUACCUGGCCCUGACCUGCAUAUACACCAAGAAGAGAGGACAGAGGCCGGACUUCUCAGAUGCCAUCAUCCUCCGGAAAGGGGCCUCCGUGGAGCAUGUGUGCCACCGCAUCCACCGGUCACUCGCCAGCCAGUUCAAGUACGCGCUGGUGUGGGGCACCAGCACCAAGUACAGCCCGCAGCGGGUGGGCCUGGCCCACACCAUGGAGCAUGAGGAUGUCAUCCAGAUUGUCAAGAAGUAGUGGCUGUGGCCAGGCCGCCCGCCCACCCUGUGCCCCUGGGGAGUUGGGUCCCGUGUGACACACCAACAGGAAGAAUCAAAUACAUGUAUUCCAGGAAGCGAUCUCUCAAGUCUCUGCUUUUUCCAGAAGCUUCCUCAGCGGGCAGAUGAUGAAGAGUAUGUGGGACAGAAGGACGAGGUGGGGGACUCGGGCUGGGCUGGGGGCGUCCCUGUGACACCAGCCUCGGGACGGGGGCUCAGCCCUGUCUGGGCACUGGGGGAGCAGGUUGCCCCCAGUCUCCCAGCCAGGGCCCCGUGCAGAUCAGCGCUCAGUGUGGGGCGGGAGCUGUGCGGCGCUGCCGGGGCACCUGGGCCUCUCCGCCCCUGCAGUGUCUCCGGUUCUCCAGCAGAGGGCCUCCUAGGACAAAGCCCUCGCCCCAGCCUGCCUGGCAGAGGGAACUGGAGGUCGCCUGCUGCACCCACCUAGCUCCUGCCCUCCACAGCCCCCGGGGGCCCUGCCGUGCCACACACCCUACCCCCCCUCCUGGCAGCCGCUGCUGGGACAAAACCCUGGACGCUGGGCUAGGACCAGGGUUUGGAUUCUUUUAUUUUCUCUUAAGCCCUCUGAUCUU